AUGCUGGAAGUUUGGAGACAGACCCUAGAGUCUAAAUGUUUCAAGUUGCGUAGGACUAAUAGAGAAUACUUAAUGUGCAAGCUCAGUGACGUGAUUCAUGAAGCGGAAGAGGGCAUGAGGCUUGAGACACAAGUCAUCCCCAAGAGAGAGAGUUUCAAGUACCUGAGGUCAGUUCGUAUUGGAGCCGGAUGGAUGAAAUGGAGGCUCACUUCUGGUGUUCUGUCUGAUAAGAAAGUGUUGUCAAGACUUAAAGGCAAGUCCUACAAAAUGGUGGUAAGACCGACAAUGCUAUGUGGGGUGGAGUAUUGGCCAAUUAAGGAAGCUCAUGUCCAGAAGAUGAAGAGUGAACUGGACAAGGAAACCAAUGAGAACAAUGCCGAAAGAAUCAAAGAGGGGGAAAACCAUCAGGAAUCAAUAGCGGAGAGAACUAAGAAAGCCAAGCCGAAGAGAACGAAAAUUAGAAAGAAAAUACCAAAAAAGAAAUCCAAAGUGGUUUUCAAACCUACAAUGUCCCAAGAAGGUGCAAAAAAGUCUAGAAAGGGUAAUCCCAAACCUGUGAACCUUUACAUCAUUACUCCAGUCUUAACUGGAAUUCAACAGAUGUUGGAGGAAUGUCCCCAUGGUGAACAUGAUAAUCACACUGAAGAGAAGGUUAAUCCCAAUCAAUCCAAAGAAAAUGAGGAAAACAGUGACUCCAAUUCCAUUGCACAUAACAAUAUAGAACCUACCAUUGAGGUUGAGUCAGCAGUGGAGGCGGAGGAAGAGCCAAAAGCUCUUAAAGAGGCUCCUAAAGGACUAUCAGUGCAAACACAGAGACGAUAA